AAUUAAAUUUAAAAAAUCUCAUUAUCACACACACAUACCCAAAAAAUUUCUCCUCUUUUCUCUCUCUCUCUGUCUCAAAGUUAGUAGUAUCUUUAGCUUUGUGUCUUCUGCCUUUUCUUUUUGGUUGGUUCUCUGUGUGUUUCGUCAGUGUUAAGUCUGGAACCAGAGAUGGUGACGUCAGAUGAUUGGACGAAGUCAGCGAUGAGAGAUGGAGAAGUGGUGGCUGAGCUUCUUGUUAAGCUCAAGAAAGCCAAAGUGAGACCUGUUCUGUUCUCGUGUCCUACGCUCCGGUGGGGAAACCGGCAGCCACGGUCGAGAAAAGAAGUUGAAUCAGCGAGAUGUAGCCCGAGUACACCGCUCUCUUGGAGCGCUUCUUCUUCUCCAUCUGCUUACCUCGACGGUCACGAGGCCACCAUUGGCUCAUCACCCGUCGGAUCUAGAUCCAAGGUUCUUGUAACCGCAGACUUGGAUUUUGAUGUCAAAAGAUUGCAGAACAAAAAGGACAUUGCAUUGCUCAGCGAACGAGGAGACAUCAAGAACAAGAACUUAAAGAGAAUGAAGUUGAACACACAAAUUUCUACGUCUCUCUCAGAAUGUAAUUUGGUAGAGAAUGAGGAUGGCAGUUUCCUGCUACCUGACUUGAAUUUAAUGCCAUGUGAGGAAGCAACACUAUAUGAUUAUAAGUAUUGUAAGGUGAAGGAUACUCACUUAAACCAUUAGAAACUGGUUUUAUCAGAGUGGACUCAUCUGAUCAUCUUUGGCUCAGCUUCAGAAAAGAGUCUGCCUCGCAGGAGCUCAAGAAAAAAUGGAAAAAGAUCUGCGUAUUCGUCCAUAUAUCACAGAUAAAAGAUCAUAAGCAGAUGUGUAGGAUAAAGAAAACAAAUAUUUUUUUGGUUUCUUUUGUAGUGUCAUUUUGUAAUGUUUGUCUAUAUUAGCACAAGGAGGAGUCAUUUUGUAAUGUUCUUUGAUGGCUCCUCGCUUAUAAAAUCCAAACAAACGAGCAACAUUGAAUUUAAAUGUCACUUUCGACAACCAUUAUCCA